AUGCCCAAGACGGUCAAUGUUCGCGUCACCACCAUGGAUGCAGAGUUGGAGUUUUCCUUCCAUCCCAACACUGCAGGGAGGCAGCUCUUUGAACAGGUGGUCCGGACCAUCGGACUGCGUGAAGUCUGGUACUUCGGGCUGCAGUUCGUGGACAGCAAAGGCUUCAUCACCUGGCUGAAUUUUGAUAAAAAGGUCAUCGCCCAGGAUAUGAAGAAGGAGACUCCGCUGCAGUUCAAGCUGCGGGCUCGGUUUUACCCCGAGGACGUGGCUGACGAGCUGAUCCAGGACAUCACGCAGAAGCUCUUCUUCCUGCAGGUGAAGGAGGGCAUCCUGACGCAGGAGAUCUACUGCCCUCCAGAGUCCGCCGUGCUGCUGGCCUCCUACUCCGUCCAGGCCAAGUUUGGGGACUACAACAAGUUUGUGCACCAGCCCGGCUACCUGUUGUCUGAGCACCUGCUGCCCAAGAGAGUGCUCGACCAACACAAUCUGUCCAAGGAACAGUGGGAGGAGCGGAUCCAGGUUUGGCACCAGGAGCACAGAUCGAUGCUGAAGGAGGAUGCCAUGCUCGAGUACCUGAAGAUCUCCCAGGAUCUGGAGAUGUACGGCGUCAACUACUUUGAGAUCAAGAACAGGAAGGGCACAGACCUGUGGCUGGGGGUCGACGCCCUGGGGCUCAACAUCUAUGAGAAAGACGACAGGCUGUCUCCCAAGAUUGGAUUCCCCUGGAGUGAAAUUAGGAACAUUUCUUUCAAUGACAAGAAAUUCAUCAUCAAGCCCAUAGACAAGAAAGCUCCUGACUUCAUAUUCUACGCUCCACGCUUGCGUGUUAACAAGCGCAUCCUGCAGCUGUGCAUGGGCAACCACGAGCUGUACAUUCGCCGGCGUAAGAACGACACCAUCGAGGUGCAGCAGAUGAGGGCUCAGGCCAAAGAGGAGAGGCAGCAGAGGAAGAUGGAGAGGGAUCAGCUGGAGAGUGAGAAGAGAAAGAGGGAGGCCAUCGAGAAAGAGAAGGAGGAGAUGGAGAGAGAGAAGCGGGAGCUGAUGAACAGGCUCUUCCAGUAUGAGGAGACGACCAAGAGAGCAGAGAGAGAGCUGCAGGAGCAGCUGGACAGGGCCAUGAGGCUGGAGGAGGAGAGGAGGAGGGUGGAGCAGGAGGCGGCCCGGCUGGAGGCUGAGAGGAUGGAGGCCAUAAUCGCCAAGGAGGAGCUGGCCAGGCAGGCGGAGGACCAGAUGAAGAACCAGGAGCAGCUGGCUGCAGAGCUGGAGGAAUACAGCAGCAAGAUCAGUCAGUUGGAGGAGGCGAAGAGGCUCAAGGAGGAAGAGGCUGACUCAUGGCAAAACAAGGCUAAGGAGGUGCAGGAGGAUCUGCUGAAGACAAAGGAGGAGCUGCAAAUGGUGAUGACCUCUCCUGCGGCGCCCCCUGCUGCCGCUUCCUCCUCCUCCUCCUCCUCGGACAGCGAGAGCGACCACGAGCACAGCGAAGAGAACAGCACCUACAGCGCCGAGCUGCAGUCACAGGGCAUCAACGACCACCACGAGGAAGAGGAGCGUCUCACCGAGGCCGAGAAGAACAAGCGCCUGCAGAAACAGCUGCAGGCCCUGAGCUCGGAUUUGGCAGAAGCCAGAGAUGACAGCAAGAAGACGAAGGACGACGUGCUCCACGCAGACAACGUGCAAAAGGGCCGCGACAAGUACAAGACUCUGCGUCAGAUCCGUCAGGGCAACACGAAGCAGAGGGUCGACGAGUUUGAGGCCUUGUAGAAACCUCAGAGAUGUCAAGAUCUCCUGACGGCGCCACAUACCUCAUGGAAGUCCUGCUCAGCAUUUCUUAAUUAAAAAGUGAAGUAAUUCCAGCCAAACCUGAUCUGAAAGACCCAGAAAAGUUGAUGUGGCUCAUCGCAAAAUAGUACCUCCAUGAUGUGUUAUUGGCAAGUCUGUUGGAAGUUUUACUUGAAAGCACUGUGGUUAUAUAUAAACAUCUAUAUCUAUAUAUAGGUAUAGAUACAGAUUUAGCUGUUUUGUUUUGUUUUGUAGAACUGAAACAACUCCAGCAUGCUGUGUAGUUCUAUAAAAUGUAGACAAAUAAGAACAAACUGUUUUCGCCAUAUCUUUUCUUAACAUAGAAACAAAAGUAGUAUGUAUCUUUCAGUGUACUAUAGAUAUGAUUUAUGACAUGACAAAUGAUCCUGAGGGAAAGGUCUUGUAAUUCCAGUUUGCGGUUUCAUUAUCAUGCCAAACAGUAGUGUUUCCUACAAUAAUAUGUCUGCCCUGUAUGCUAUCAGUGCCACAUGCGCCUAUCUUUAUAAAUGUCUUAUUAAUAACAGUUUAUUUAACUUGUUUUAAUGUGCUCUACAUCUGACAUAAUUAAGAAAUGAAUGGGUUUUUAUUGGAGAGGAUGCCAAAGAAUUUGCCUCAACAUUUUUGCUUUUAUCACACAUAUCACAUCUUAUUGCUAGGAAGAAUUUAAACAUGUUUUUGAAGCCCACUCUCACUUGAACUGACUUCCAAAGGGAGUGCAAAAAAAUUGCCCAGCAUAUUGCCAACCUUUAAUACAAAGCCAUUUUUAUCAGAUAGAGUCUAUAUAAUCUGAUUUUCUAUAGCAAAGUACUUUGUGAGUAAUAUUUAUGGACCAGUAUGAACACAGCUUUGAAUAUAACAGCAAGAGAACAAUAUCAGUGAUGA